AUACAACUAUUCGGCCCAACACGCGGAUAGAGGGCCAUGUCCUAUUUGGUUCCGCGAGACAAGAAGGACGACAACGCACCAAGCCAGAGUCAGGAGGCUGAAGACGAUCCUGUGUUCGAUCAAACGCCGGUGAAGGUGGCAUGUCCUCACUGUCGAGUGCAGAUCAUCACCUUCAUUGAGCAUGAGAGCAGCUGGGUCACCUUGGCGGUUUGUAUUGUGUUGUUUUUGGUGCUCAAUUGGGCAGCGAUUUGCAUAGUGCCCCUAGUCUACCCGCUUUUCAAGGACGUGGUGCAUCAUUGUCCACGCUGCCUCCGCGUGCUAGCAACUCGCUCACGCGUGAUGCUGCCAAAGAUCAGUGAUGAGGUCAUGUCCUUCCGCGUUGGGAGUUGUGCGUGCGUGCUUGCUCGAAAGUAUGUCUUCGCAUUGCUGGCGAUGACCUCUCUCAUCGGCGGCAUACAUUGGGUGAGGAGAGGUGGCGCACCUGCUACUGGAAUCGAUGCGGCAGUGCAAAGUGAAGUGGUCGAUUUACGAUGGGAGGACUUCCUAAAGGAUUGUGGGUACAAGACGUACCUGGGAAAUCCCAUACAUGUCACUGUGGCCUUCAACGAGAAAUUCAAGAACAAAACAAUGCAGUGGCAAGGCAAACUGCACCGCGUUGAAGAGGGAUUCAGCUUCUUCGGCUUCUCUCAGCCCAAUGCAGUUUUCGUGGACAUGGAUCCGCCUCAGCCUCUUCCUAUGAAACGCGAAUCUGCAGAUUUGGUGCUGUUCUACAAAGAAAAUGCAGAGCUAAUCUCUAAAAUGAGAAAGGUGAAGCGAGGACACAAAUUCGACUUCACUGCCACCAUGCUGGAGGUGGGCAGACGUGGUCAACCUCAUGUCAUGGCGCUGUGGGAUGCUGUGCCCAGGCUAUCUGAGAGCUCGGAUGGAAAUGCCUCGCAACCUGCCAUUCGGUAACGCCCAAGACCACUGACCAGCCAA